GAGGAGCCGGCGGAGCUUCGCGGGCCGGAGUGCAGCCACCCGCCGUUCCGGCGCCCCCUAGCCCCCUUCGCCAGCGCGGCGCCCCCCAGCAGCCUCCAGCGUCCGUCCCUGGGCAGCAUGGUGAGGUUCGCCGUCGGGCCCUCGCCACCAUGUACGUGAGCUACCUCCUGGACAAGGACGUGAGCAUGUAUCCCAGCUCCGUGCGCCACUCCGGCAGCCUCAACCUGGCCCCGCAGAACUUCGUCAGCCCCCCGCAGUACCCGGACUACGGCGGAUACCAUGUGGCGGCCGCGGCCGCCGCCGCCGCCAACCUGGACAGCGCGCAGUCCCCGGGGCCGUCCUGGCCUGCCGCCUACGGCGCCCCGCUCCGCGAGGACUGGAACGGCUACGCGCCGGGGGGCGCGGCGGCCGCCGCCAACGCCGUAGCGCACGGCCUCAACGGGGGCUCCCCGGCCGCCGCCAUGGGCUACAGCGGGCCAGCCGAUUACCACCCGCACCAUCACCCGCACCACCACCCGCACCACCCGGCCGCCGCGCCCUCCUGCGCCUCCGGCUUGCUGCAGACGCUCAACCCCGGCCCCCCCGGGCCGGUCGCCACCGCCGCCGCCGAGCAGCUGUCGCCCGGCGGCCAGCGGCGGAACCUGUGCGAGUGGAUGCGGAAGCCCGCGCAGCCGGCGCUGGGCAGCCAAGUGAAAACCAGGACGAAAGACAAAUACCGGGUCGUGUACACGGACCACCAGCGUCUGGAGCUGGAGAAGGAGUUUCACUACAGUCGCUACAUCACCAUCCGGAGGAAAGCUGAACUGGCCGCCACGCUGGGGCUCUCAGAGAGGCAGGUUAAAAUUUGGUUUCAGAACCGUAGAGCAAAGGAAAGGAAAAUCAACAAGAAGAAGUUGCAACAGCAGCAGCAACAGCCACCCCCGCCUUCUGGGCCACAGCCUCCCCAGCCACAGCCAGGUCCACUGAGAAGCGUCCCGGAGCCCCUGAGCCCCGUGUCUUCCCUGCAAGGCUCAGUGCCUGGGGUUCUGGGGCCAGCUGGGGGGGUGUUAAACCCUACUGUCACCCAGUGACCCGCAGCGGCCUGCAGUAGCAAUUCCAGGCUGAGCCAUGAGGAGCAUGGACUCUGCUAGAACCCUCAGGAAAGACCCCCUCCCCUCUCACUCACUAAUGUUUACCAGCUGACCUAGCCCUCCGAGCAGAAACAAACGGGGGCCUGGGGGAAAGACAACUGUGGUUGGGGGCCUCAAGGAUGACAUUCUCCUAGAUUUUGACUUUUUCCGUUCUGACUCUUUCUGCCAAGUGAGGAGAUGGGAAAAGACACCCAGGCUUCCUUUAGUACUGGCAGACACGCUGCCUGGACUGGCGGAACAGACCAGCCUUUCAGUCCCCUGGUCCUCAGCUCUUGGCCUCCCAGAUCUGCAGGACACGUCUCUGGUUGGAGCUAAGGCGGGAAAGGGGCUCAGGGGACUGCCAGGGAUGGAACCAAGAUGGUUAGGUCUACUAACUGCCCUCCAAGGUCCCCCUGGCCCUUCUCACCUCUAGGGCAGGCAAGAUUUAAGCUGCAGAAGUCAGAGGCAGCUGAGAUGGAGACCUGGGCCCACUGAAGUGUGCAGAACCCCCAGGUCUUUGUCUUUCUUCUCUUCCCUUCCCAGUGCAGGAAAGGCUUGGCUGGUGUAUGCACGUGGUCUGUGGUAGUGUGAGAGGGUGGUUGCUGGACUCCAGGCCUGACAAGGAGGGGGGCGGCCCUGGACAGGGCCUUGUUUAGAAUGCCUGUCACCAGAGCCUCUCUGGACUGAAUGUAUGUCAGUGCUAUAAAUGCCAGAGCCAACCUGGACUUCCUGUGAUUUUCACAAUCUUGGGGCUGAUGAAAAAGGGGGAGUUUCUGUUGUUGUUGCUGCUGUUUGGGUUGUUGGUCUGUGUAACAUCCAAGCCAGCAUUUUAAAAGCCUUCUGGAUCCAUGGGGAGAGAAGUGAUAUGGUGAAGGGAAAUGGGGGUGGGGGGGGGGGGGGGGGUGGUAUUUGAACACAGUUGAAUUUUUUUUUUUUUCUAAAAAGAAAAGAGAUAAAGGAGCUUUCCAGAUUUCAGAUUCUGUA